AUGGCUUCGACAUUGCCAUCGAAGAUCCAGCGAUCUGCUGUCGUGUUGUCCUCCGCCGUAGUCAGAAUCUCGGCACGCAGUGCGGUAUCACCAGCCGCGGCCUUGCACCGAGCUCUCUCCGCACCGACGAGAGGACUGGUCACUUCUCCUCAGAACCGUGUCCUCCCCAGCCGCCUGCCGCCAGCAUGCAGCACCCAAGCUAAGGCAAGCCGGAACACCAAGAAUCUGGGCCAGGUGCAGACGCGGUGCAACAGCGAUGAGGCCAGCCCAGUCAAACUCCAGGAAUGGGGCUUCGAAGAUAUCAACGCCGCCCUCCCAUCCUCAACCCCCAACUCCCCAACUCACAAGCCCAUAAUUCUCAUCGACGUGCGCGAGCCUGCCGAGCUCAAAGGUACGGGUAUUAUUCCAUCUGCAGUCUGCAUCCCGCUAGCAUCACAGGGAGACGCAUUGUAUCUCACCCCGGACGAGUUCGAGACCCGGUUCGGGUUCCCUAAGCCUGAUCCUGUGGAGAGCGAGGGCGAGCCUGCGCAGAUGGUCUUCUACUGCAAGGCUGGUGUGCGGGCUAAGACGGCAGCGCAUAUGGCCGUGCAGGCUGGAUAUGACCCUGCCAAUAUCGGGGUUUAUAUGGGUAGUUGGUUGGAUUGGGAGAGACAUGGCGGGAAGGUUGAGAGGUGGGAGGGGGAUGAUAUUUGA